GAAGAAGUGGCUCUAAAUGGUAACCCUGGAUUUGCGAAACUCCCCAUUGGUGCACUUGUUUCCGCUCAGUAUCGCUUUGCUCUGCACCAUGGAUGUUUAAUAACAGAUUAUAAACUGUGUCUGAGUCGUCAGCAUGGCAGAUAUAUCUGUCACAUCGGGGGCUGCUUUAAAAUUUUCUUGUCAUGCCGAGUUUGAAGCACAUCGGCGUUUGUACGAGGAGAAAACCAAGACUAAAUUUGUCAUUUUAAAGAGCGACAAAGUGUUUGGAAAAACUGACUUGAAUGUAACGGGGAAGGCUAUCCACUGGCAUCUAAAGACCGUCCCGUAUGAUGGCACGCCUUUUGUUGUGCUCGGCACUAAAACCUUCAUCUGCCACCAGGGGCGAGAUAAACAUGCCGCUUAUAAAAGAAAGAGAGAAGAGAAACUGGCACAGCAUCACAAAGAAGACCCAGAGUUUGCAGAGACCAGAAUACAGACCACAAAAAAAACUGGUUGUCCUGCAGCCAUAUAUGUAGUGCAUAUAUGUAGAUUUCCUGAUUAUAAGAUAUACGAGGACACCCCAUAUCAGAGGCGAGAGAAAUCGUCAGCUGUGAGAAAAAUGCUAAGAGGAGACCCGUCACAUGUCAAAACAGAGCAGCUGUUCACUGCUUAUUUCCCACAUGUGACGGAGCAUAAAAACCACCCCAUUGUUGGAAAGGACCUUGUGGAGUCAUGGAGGCAAGAGGGAUAUGUUAUUGAGUACAGACCUGCUCAGGAGAAGGAAGAUGGCACUGUUGAGAAGUUGCUCCUUUGUUUGCAGACCCCAUGGCAGAAGAGGCUUUUGCUGUUGUAUGGGCAGCAAAUGUGUUUGCUCGAUGCAACGUAUCGUACAAGCAAGUAUUCAGUAUACCUCUUCUUCCUCUAUGUGAGGACUAAUGUAAGUUACAUUGUGGUUGGAGUCUUCGUCAUUCAGUCUCAAAAGAAGGAGGACAUCAGAGAGGCAUUGGAGGUGUUCAAAAAGUGGAAUGCCGACUGGAAUCCGUCCCACUUCAUGAGUGAUUUCUGUGAGGCAGAAAUUGGGGCUCUUGAAGAGGUAUUCAAGGAUAGCAAAGUGUCCCUCUGCGAUUUUCAUCGAGAGAACGCAUGGAUUGAAUGGACUAGAAAAAAGGAUCAUGGAGUGACGUGUGAGGAGGAAGUUUUGAAAAUGCUUCGGGCCAUUGCAGACUGUGAGACAGCUGAAGAAUUUGAAAACAGCACCCUCUUCCUCAAACAGCACCCUGUCUGGCAGACAAACGAGAGGCUGAGAAGAUGGUUCUCCACUAAAUGGCUUAACCAAACAGAGAGAUGGGUUAAUGUAUUCAAGAAUGAUGACCUAAAAGUGGCUCUCUACACAAACAAUGGAGUUGAGAGACAAAACGAGAUGUUCAGACACUCGUACCUGAAAGGCUACAAGAACUGCAGUCUCAGUGAGACCAUCAUGGUUAUUGUGCAGGAUUUCCUGCCAAGAUCUUAUCAAAGAUACAUUGAAUUGAACGUAAAAUGUUCAAGUGAUUACCAGGUAUACAGCCAGAAUGUGCCACCAUACCUCAAAGACAAACCACAAAUUGUGGCUGAGCACAUCAUGACAAGGCACCAGGAGUCACUGAUGUUCACAGAGGGCCAAGUAACAUCUGCAGGGGAGGCCAGCUUCAAAGUCAACUGUCAGACGACGUCACAACAGUACAGUGUGUCCUUUGGAUCGGAGAGUCGGAUGCCAUCGUGUACAUGUAAAGACUGGCAGAAAAACCUGCUCCCAUGUAAGCACUUCUGUGCAGUGUUUAACCUGGAACCUGGCUGGAGUUGGGAUAGUCUCUGCCUUGCAUACAGAGAGAACCCUCUGUUCAUGCUUGAUGAGGUAUGCCUCAAGAACUCUAUUGACAGCUCAGGUACCUCGGUACCAUCAUAUACAGGCUGCCACUCUACAGUGACCAACGUCUGUGAUUCUGAGCAACAAACCUAUGCAGGCUGCCACUCUGCAGAAUCAUCCUCCAGCUCCACAGUCCUCACCAACCCCAGUACAAAAACAUGGAAGCGCCAGAAGUGUAGUGCUCUGUUAAAAGAACUGACAGACAAGGUGUACCACCUCCAAGACGAAAGCUGCAUGGACAGGAUGAUAGAGAAAUUAGAGGGCCUUCUAGAGGACGUCAAACAAAACACUCCGAAUGAUGGCUCCCUUGUCCUGUUGUACACACCCCUAGUUAAGAGGAGAAGUUCAGGGGCUGCCGAGCACGCCAAACCUCUGAAGAAGCCCAGAAGAAAGCUGCCAUUAUCUGGCGGAGUUGGGCACUGCACAGACAUAGCUACAACAAAGACACAUAUAUCAGUUAAUCUACAAUAACAAUAAUGUUACAUGUUGAAACAUUAGAGUUUUCUCUGAGUUCUUGUUUCAUCUCAUUGCAGAGAUGAUUGAUGUUCAUAUUUUGUACAUACU